UUCUUCUCUCCCUUUCUGCAUUUAAUAACUACAAUUAAUCAAUUAAAUAUCUAGUAUUUUCCAUUUUAUUUAUACACACACACUCUCUCCGCUGCUCUUAUUGGAUUCAGCCGAAAGUUGAAAUUAUUAUAUUCUUUUAUGAUUUUUCCUCUGUUUUUAGCUCAUUUCAAAGUAAUGGAGACCGUGGAAGGUGGGUUAGUUCUAAAGCUUUCUUAUAAAUGGAGAAGAUACUAGUUAUAACAUAUAUUUAGUUUUUCCACUUAUUUUCUUGGGUGUAUAUUGAAGAAAGUUUAGAAGUGAUUAUUAGUUGAAAGAGGGAGUUAUCAUAGACAAAAAGGAAGCUGUCGGGAAGGGGUUGACUUGGGGUUGCUUCAGCUCCAGGGUACUCAGGUUUUAUGUGAAAAAAAGUGCUUAUCUUUUCAGAUUUUUCUUGUGAUUCUUGAAACUUUGCCCUUCCUUUGCGUUCCUAGGUUCUUUCACAUGAACCCUUUUGUUUUCUUUUUCUUUUCUUGUGUUCGUUGUCAAGGAUAAAGGGUUGAGCUUAAUUUCUUUGUUUUGCCUAUAUGUACGAGUAAUUCGAUUGGAUUUGUAGGAUUUUUAUUAUUUUUGUUCAUGUUUCCUUUUUUUGAUGGUGAAAUUUGUUACAAAUGGUAGUUGUUAUUAUAUUUUUCCUCAUCAGAUCUAACUACCCAUUCCACUUUUAAGGUUCUUCAGGUUGAAUUGAAUGCCUAAUCAUCUGUGAAUUGAAGAGUUCUUGAUCUAGCUCUAGCUCUAGUCAUGCAUUUCCUCUGAGGAAUGGGAAACGGUUUGUUGAAACCCACUAUUUUUAUUUUGAGAUUUUCAAGAAGGCGAUGAAUUAAUUUGACAUAACAAUGGCAAUGAGUGUAAGUUUAAAGGGGCAGGAGGGUGACUAUUUCUACUGUUUUGAAAGUGAUUUAGAUGGAGGAUUUGUAUCUGGCGGUUUCGGUGCCAUUUAAAUUAGAUUCCCGGCCUAAAAGCUCCAUGUCCAACUCUGUCAACGGUGAUUGCGAGGAUUGCAGUUCAGGUGAUUUGGAAAUUGAUGUUCAGUCCACAGUUUUGUUGGGGCCUGAGGAGACUCAUAGUGUGAGAGAUGCCGCACUAGCUACGGAUAUUGUAGUCCAAGAAAGUGAAGAGGAUGGUUUAUCGUCGUUGGAGGGGGAUCCAGUUCUUGAUAGCUCAUGUUCUCUGUCUGUGGUGAGUGAUUCUAGUAGUAUAUGUGGUGAUGAUUUUUUAGGUUUCGAGGCAAUUUCUGAGAUUGGAACGACAAAUUUUAUCGAAGUUGAGAAGCCUACGAGUGAUUAUGAAAUCAUAGCAAAGGCAACAUGUUUGGGAGAGCCAACUGCUGGUGAUAUCACUUUUAAUUCCUUAUCUGUGGCAGAAGGAGCUAGGGGAGAUGUUCCAGAUGGUUCGGUUUCCAAAUCAACAGUUGUUAUUCAGUUGGACGGAACCUCGUGUGAAAGAAUCAGGCGAAGUGUUUUUCAGGUGGAUUAUGUGCCCCUUUGGGGAUUCACAUCUGUGUGUGGGAGGAGACCAGAAAUGGAAGAUGCAGUUGCGACUGUGCCUAGGUUUCUCAAAAUUCCUCUACAGAUGCUAAUUGAUGAUCGCGUGCUUGAUGGAGAGACACAACGUUUGAGUCAUUUGACAACCCAUUUCUUUGGAGUCUAUGAUGGCCAUGGAGGCUCUCAGGUUGCAAAUUACUGUCGGGAGCGAAUGCAUAUGGCUUUGGCUGAGGAAUUGGAAACAAUUAUGGCCAAUCUGAUUGAUGAAAGUAGUAAAGGUAACUGCCAAGAGAAGUGGAGAAGAGCAUUCACCAAGUGCUUUCUGAAAGUUGACGACGAAAUUGGAGGGAAAACAAGUAUUGAACCGGUCGUUCCGGAAACUGUUGGCUCGACUGCUGUUGUUGCGAUAGUUUGUUCAUCACACAUUAUAGUAGCUAAUUGUGGCGAUUCAAGGGCAGUCUUAUGCCGUGGGAAAGAGCCCAUGGCAUUAUCGGUGGAUCAUAAACCUAAUAGGGAAGAUGAAUAUGCAAGAAUUGAAGCAGCCGGAGGAAAAGUGAUACAGUGGAAUGGACAUCGUGUUUUUGGUGUCCUUGCAAUGUCUAGAUCUAUUGGGGACAGAUACUUGAAACCCUGGAUUAUUCCAGAUCCCGAAGUGGUUUUUAUUCCCCGGACUAGGGAAGACGAAUGCCUCAUUCUGGCUAGUGAUGGUUUAUGGGAUGUCAUGACCAACGAGGAGGUUUGUGAUAUGGCUCGUAAAAAGAUACUCGUAUGGCAUAAAAAUAAUGGCGUCACUCUUCCCAUCAGAAGGGGUGAAGGAAUUGAUCCUGCAGCUCAAGCAGCAGCCGAGUAUCUAUCUAACCGUGCUCUUCAGAAGGGCAGCAAAGACAAUAUUUCCGUAGUGGUGGUGGACUUGAAAUCCCAAAGAAAGAUUAAGAGCAGAACCUAACACAAAUUUUUUUCCCCGUUUGACCAUUUCAUUUCUGUCAUAGAAUGUAACUUUAAUCUGUUCAACAUGGUUUAGCCCUAUAGUUUUCAACUGGGGUUUCAAUGUCCUUUGGUAUCUGUACCAUUUGGGACACGCCAUAUUCUACCAAUAUGUAUAGCUAUUUUAGCUCAAUGCUCUGGUACGGCAUUAUAAUUAAUUAAAUUGGCCGUUCUGCCUCCAAGUUAAAGGCUAGAAGCACAGAUUGCGCUAGGUA